GUUUAUCUCUCCCAGCUCUGCAUUGCCGGCAGUUUUAACAGCUAUCCUGAAUGUCCUUCACCAUUUGCCCUUAAGAAAGUCAUCAACAAGACCAAAGUAGGGCAAAAAUCUUUGGGGACCCCAAGUAUUUAUGUUCAUAAAGCUCUGCCAUCGAUGGGAUAUUCUGCAGUUGCUCUUAAUCAUGUCAUUGAUUUUAAAGAAAAGAAACAGGAAAUUGUCAAGCCAGUAUCUCCUUCAGAGUUGUUUCCAUCUUUGCCUAUUGUACAAGGGACAUCUAAAAGAAUUAAAGUCUUAACCCGGCUAACACUUGUUGUUUCUGAUCCUUCCCACUGUAAUCUCUUGAGAUCAACAUCUGCAAAUAUAAGGUUAUAUGACAUCAUAGCAGUAUUUCCAAAGACUGAGAAACUGUUCCAUAUCGCUUGCACAACUCUAGAUGUGGAUCUGGUAUGCAUAAAUGUAACAGAAAAGCUGCCAUUCUACUUCCGAAGGCCCCCUGUGAAUAUGGCAAUAGAUCGAGGCAUUUACUUUGAACUUCUUUACACGCAUGCCAUCAAAGACUCCACAAUGAGAAGAUACACAAUUUCAAAUGCAGUCAGCCUGAUGCAGAUCUGCAAAGGAAAGAACAUUGUUAUAUCUAGUGCAGCUGAAAGGCCUCUGGAACUACGAGGUCCUUACGACGUGGCUAAUCUAGGUUUGCUGUUUGGCCUGUCAGAAAGCGAAGCCAAGGCAGCUGUGUCUACCAACUGCAGAGCCACCAUGCUUCAUGGAGAAACUCGGAAGAGUGCCUGUGGGGUGGUGUACACGGUGAAGAAGCCUCGCAAGGUUGAGGAGGAAGAAGCAACACUGCCAGCCUGCAAAAAAGCUAAGACUCAAGCUUGAGGACUGAACCAAUUGUCAACAGGAGCCUCCAUCCCAUGUUUACCCAGUGUUGAGUCUUCUUCCACCCUCCAGCCA